AUGUCAUCUUUUAAACACCUGCAUUCAGCUCUCUUGGAGCUCCUGAGAUUUGGAGUUCUAAUACUUGUAACAUUCAUUGAAGCAUUCUUUAUCUUUCAACAGUGGAAAUUCAUUUUCCAGUUCAUUUUGUUAACUUGUUUCCUUCUUGUUUACGUUCUCCGAUACUACCUGAUGUCAAAGCCUCAAGCUGUGUUCCUGGUAGAUUUCUCAUGUUUCAAGCCACCUAGCUUCUGCAGAGUGCCAUUCUCCACCUUUCUUGAAAACGCCUCCAUGAUUGAAUAUUUUGACAGUGAAAGUAUAGCUUUCAUGUCCAAAAUCCUCACUUCUUCAGGACUAAGUGAAGAGACUUAUCUCCCUCCAGCCUUACACUAUAUUCCUCCAAAAACCCAUCAGCAAGAAUCCAUUAAAGAAGUCCAAAUGGUUCUCUUCCCUAUAAUGGAAGACCUUCUCUCUAAAACUAAACUCUCUUCUCGUGAUAUUGACAUUCUCAUUGUAAACUGCAGCGGUUUUUGCCCUUCACCCUCUCUGUCUUCUAUUAUUAUUAACAAAUACUCCAUGAAGAGAGACAUUAUGAGCUAUAAUCUCUCUGGUAUGGGGUGCAGUGCUAGUGCUCUGGCAAUUGAUUUGGCUGAAAACCUUCUCAAAACGCACAAGAACUCCUACGCCAUUGUUCUUAGCACCGAAAUAUUAUCCACAGGUUGGUAUUCAGGUAAUGAGAAGCCCAAGCUGCUCAUUAAUUGCCUCUUUAGAAUGGGCAGUGCAGCAAUCUUGCUAACAAACAAAAAAGAAGCAAAAACAUCAUCAAAAUACAAGCUUUUAUGCACAGUUAGAACCCAAAGAGCCUUUGAGGACAAGGCUUAUCUGGCCGGAAUUCGCGAAGAAGAUUCUAAUGGAAAACUUGGGGUUACACUCAAUAGGGAUUUGCUACAAGUAGUCGGAGAAACACUGAGAGCGAAUAUCACCAUUCUCGGUUUCAGAAUCUUACCUUUUACAGAAAAACUUUUGCACGGUGUUUCGAUCUUUAGGAAGAAGUUUAUUCAGAAAUCUGGGGAAAUUUACGUGCCAAAUUUUAAGAAUGUGAUACAGCAUUUUUGCUUGCCAGUUUCAGGGAGGCCAUUGAUAAGGGAGAUAGCAAAAGGCAUGAAGCUUAGUGAGAAAGACAUGGAGCCUGCUUUGAUGACAUUGCAUAGAUUUGGUAACCAGUCGUCUUCUUCACUGUGGUAUGAGUUAGCUUACAUGGAGGCUAAAGAGAGACUGAAGAAAGGUGACAAAAUUUGGCAACUUGGAAUAGGAACUGGGCCUAAGUGCAAUAGUGUAGUUUUGGAGUGUCUAAGGCCCAUUAUUGGGGAGUCCAAGAAGGGCCCAUGGGCUGACUGUAUUCAUCAGUAUCCAAACAUGGGGUGA